AUGAUGUCGCUCAACUACAGUGGUACGGCGGCCGGAGUGGCGCUGAAACCGCACGUUGAUCGGCAUCACACCGCAGGGCGUGUGUGCGUGGUCUUCCCUUUUGGUGCGUGGAUCAAGCUCGCUUCGUCUCGGCGACCCAUGAAUCGAGGACUUAUCGCAGCAGUGCCUCGCUUCUGCGGCUGCAGGCGAGUUCGACUCUUCAACGCAAUCCUGGCUAGUGCUGUACGAGCUUGGUGUCAUCGUCGAGGUACCCGCCGGCUGCUGCAUCGCCUUCCCUUCCGCACUCGUCACGCAUGGGAACGUCCAUCUCGACGUUUUCUUGACGGACGGCGGCGCGCCAAAGUGCGGAGAAACGUAUUCAACACGUGGGUCUGUAGUGUUCUGGACGCCCAGUCGUGUGAUCUCUUGGCUUGAAUUGGGUGGAAAACCUCGAGGUGCGGUGGGGCCACUCCUCAACGUAGAUCGCCAUGACAAGCGGGACUUGUUCAGGGAGGCGGCCCCCGAGGCUGCUCCGGGACUCAAGAACCCUCUCAGCUGA